UUGAAAUCAACUCAAAUUUCUAAUAACAAUGGGUAUUCCAAAAAAAUCAAGAAAAAUCACCAAUAGCUUGAGUGUUUGUAAACAUGAAGAAAAACGAGUUUGUACACUCGUUCACCAAUCAACAAGGACCAUCGGAUCACUUCCUAAGGAUCUUUUGAUUGACGUUCUUGCCCGAGUUGCAUCAUCUUCGUUAACGGGUCUUUUUAGCGCCAAAUUAAGUUGCAAGGAAUUUCUCGAAUCUACAAAAGAUGACUAUAUCUUUCAACAUAUUUCACUCGACAAAUUUCCAGUAACUGAGUGGUCUCCAUUAAGUCAAAGAGAGUAUUAUUUCUUAAGUCAUUGUUUCAUAAAAGGAAACCCCGAGUCACUAUUUAGACAAGGAAUGAUCGAGUAUUUCAAGCAAGUUAAUGUCAACUUUGGGCUAGAGUUUUUGAAAAGGGCGGUUGAGAAGGGACAUCCAGAGGCGACAUAUGUGUACGGAAUGAUUCUUCUUUUAGGUGGGGAUCAAUCUAGUCAACAAGGAUUAAAUCUUUUGAAUUCCAUGAAUUGUUCAAGAUCAAGGCAUUGGAAUGUGCGAGAGUGCAGAGAGAAAAUUGACACGAUAUUAAGUCAAAUGUGGAUCAACAACCGGAUUGCUCUAGAAAAAGUCAACACAAAAUGCCAAGAACGAGAUCACGUCAUUCAUUUUGAAAAGAGGGGUUGGAGUUUAGAUGAAGAUAUGGAAAUUUCAAGUUGUCCUACAUGUUUAUGGUAUCGGGAGCUUGUUUAUUUUUGUAGAAUCAUGAAUGUUAUUGUUUAAAAUAUAGUCAACAUUAAAUAUCAAGAAUGUAACUGAAGUUAUUAUAU